AUAUGUGUAUAUAUAUAUACAUAUACAUAUACAUAUAUGUGUAUAAUGUUCUUGCUGACCACAGGCUGUUCUGUUGCCCUUGUUAGAAAAUCUUGAGCACAUUUAAAGAACAUCAAAUUUGUUUACUCUAGUCCUGAAUUUCUUGAGAAAAGAAAUGAGUGAAUUUUUGGUGUAGAAGUUGGCGUGUACCUUGUGAUCGAAUUCUUAAGGGCGUUCAAACGGUCGUAUUAUUAAUGAGUAAGAUGUCCUCCAUCUCUUUUCUGUGCUCUGGAAGGGUUUUUAUAACAUGGUGAACUCAUUGCUCAUGGAACUUUUAUGGAAGUUGCUCCUUAAAUUAUUUCAUCUUUUUAAAUUUCUUCCCUAGAUUUUCCUCUGCUUUCUGAGUCAGGUUUGCCUGCCUGUAUUUUCUUAGAAAAAUUAUUGAUUCUCUGCCAAACCUUUUCAUCCUACAGUUACUGUAUGUAGUUUUCACCUGCUGGUGGUUUAUGCUUCAAAUAUAUGUGUACUGGGAGGAAAAAUUACCAUAGUAAACAAGUACAUAUAUGAAGUCAAAGUUGUCCUUAAUAGCUCUCAAUUUUAUCAUCUAGUUAGAAGAGCCCUUUCCUGCUCCAUAAUUCUAAAAAGUAAUCUUUUAUUUAUUUUAUUUUGAUUUUAGUUUUAGCAUUUUUAUGUAUGGUAUGACCUUCUCCCCCCAAGUGAAAGAUUGGCUAGUUUUCCUACCACCAUUUACUGAAGUAAUGUGUGCCUUCCUUACUAGUUUGUAAAUGCCACGUUUCAUGCCACUGCCAGAUACUUGACUACGUGUGGUCAACUUAGACCACAAUUCCUAAGAGAAUCCACUUUCUUGUCAUAAGUUACAAGUGGGUCUUUUUGUUGUUUUAUUUCUUAGGUUUUGAUGGUGUAAACAACCAUCAUUGUUAUUUCUAUGCAAUCUUUCUCCUUCAGGCAUAUUAUAAAAGAACUUUCUUACCAUGAGAUUACGUGAAAAUAUUUCUUAAAUUUUGUGUAUGGAUUGUUGGUCUUUUGAUAUGUGAAUUUUCAAAAUAUUGACCAAAUGGAACUCUUCCAGGUCAACUUUGGAACCAUCGCCAAGUUCCCCAACAUUAAUAUUCUUUGAAGUUCCAUUAAAUUAUAUAGAUUAACUUGGGGGAGGUUUUAGAGCUUUAAUAUGCCAGAUCCAUACAUCUCCCAUGAUUAUCCUAUGUCUCUCCAUUUACUGCCUUUUAUUAUUAUAAUUUGUAAUCUUAUUCAUGUGGAUGGUGUUGUCUUUCAUUAAAUCUUUUCUGUCUUUAUAAUGGCAGUUCUCUUCCCACUACUUAAAAUUUUUAAUUGCUGAUACAUAUUUAGGGAGCAUGUUGUAAGUGAUUUUCUUAUUAAAUUAUUGUCAGGUCUGCUUCAUUGAUUCACAAAAUCUGAGUGAAUGCUCUUACAUAAAAGAGAAUGAUAGUUUUAGAUCUUUCUUUAUGCCUCACAUUUUUCUUGCCUCAUUGUAAUUGGCUGGAACUCUGAAGAAUAGUGUUCAACAGGGAUAGUGCCAGAGAUUUUUGUCUGCUUUUAUAACUGAAUUUGAUCUGUGGUUUGUUAAUGCUAGUUUUGUACUGGCUUUUUAAAUUAUUCUGAUUUCAUAAAGACAAUGGGAAGGCUUUCUAUUUCUCUUUGGUUGGUUUAUGACCUGGGAAUUGGCCUUUUCUUGAAGGCGAUAUAUAAGUCCUCACCUCUAAUGCUAUCUGAAUUCACAGCCAUUUGGAGAAUUAAUUCUCUGACACUCUUUUUACAUUUCUUCCAUGUUUAUUUGUCCAUAUAUUUUUGUCUUUAAAAUGUCUGCAGGUCCCUGGUAUUUUGACUCUGUUCCCGUGGAGAGCUGCUUGUUCUGAAGUUCUGGAAAGGAUCCUCUUCCCAAACAGGUCCCUGAGUGCUGACUGUCACAGCCUGCCGCGUCUUUCCUGUUGACUCAUGUUUGGUUCCUCCAGUGAAAAUCUCACUUAGAAAAAUGCUGCCUCCAAAGUACUUGUCUGCCUCCAAACCGAAGAAGUCUUGGGCUCCAGAUGUGCAUGAGCUAGACAGUGACUUGACUAAGGAGCCGGAUGCCACUGUAAGAGAAGGUGCAACUGACCCUGAAUUCUUUCAUCAGAGGUUUCGGAAUUUCCUCUACGUGGAAUUUGUUGGGCCUCGGAAGACACUGUUUAAACUCCGAAACCUCUGCCUCGAUUGGCUGCAGCCAGAGACUCGCACCAAGGAGGAGAUUAUCGAGCUCUUGGUCCUUGAGCAGUACCUGACCAUCCUUCCAGAAAAGAUCAAGCCUUGGGUGCGGGCAAAAAAGCCCGAGAACUGUGAGAAGCUAGUCACUCUGCUGGAAAAUUACAAGGAGAUGUAUGAACCAGGAGAUGACAACAACAGUGACCUGCGCAGCGAAGACAGCAUGAGCCGGAAGGGAGCAGAGUCCCCACCGCCACGUUCUGCGUCAUCAUUCUGCAGUGACCGGGACCGGGACUGGGACCAGGAGUGGGACCGGGAGCGAGACCGGGACUGGGAUCUGGACUGGGACCGGGACCGGGAGCGGAGAGGCAGGAGCAGAGACCUGGGGUCUCGGGACCGCUGGCCGUACCCCAGGAACCCCAGAGGCAGACUUCCUCAACGGGACCUUUCCCUUCCUCUGAUGGAGAAAACAACUUUUGCGACAGAAAGAGAACGCAAACGUAGGGAUUCUGUGAUGGAUUAUGAGUCAAGAUCCCAGGAUGCCGUGUCAUACCAGGACGUUGUGAACCUGACCGAGGACAGGAAGCCUCAGAACCCGAUUCAGGACAACAUGGAAAACUACAGGAAGCUGCUCUCUCUGGGGGUUCAGCUUGCAGAAGACGACGGCCACUCCCACAUGACACAGGGCCAUUCAUCGAGGUCAAAGAGAAGUGCCUACCCAAGCACCAGUCGAGGUCUAAAAUCUAUGCCUGAAACCAAAAAGUCAACCCAUCGGCGGGGAAUUUGUGAAGAUGAAUCUUCCCACGGGGUGAUCAUGGAAAAAUUCAUCAAGGACGUUUCGCGCAACUCCAAAUCAGGACGGGCAAGGGAAUCUAACGAUCGGUCCCAGAGGUUCCCCAGAAGGCCAGACAAUGAUUGGAAGGAAGCUUCGUUCAACAAGAGGGAGUCGGUGAUUCAGGAGAGGGGCUAUGAAGGGAAUGGCUUUGGGGGAGGCUUUAAUUUUAACUCGAGUCUUGUUUCCAAAAAGAGAGUUCUUGAAAGAAAAAGGCGCUAUCAGUUUGACACAGAUGGGAAGGGUUCAGCUCACGAGCAGAAGGGCUAUGCAAGGAAGAGACCUUUUGAAUGUAGUGAAAUGAGAAAAGCCAUGAGCAUGAGCAGCCUUAGCGCCCCCUCCUUCACUGAGUCGCAGCCACUUGAUUUUGGGGCAAUGCCCUAUGUGUGUGAUGAAUGUGGGAGGUCUUUCAGUGUGAUUUCCGAAUUUGUCGAACAUCAGAUCAUGCAUACUAGAGAGAAUCUCUAUGAGUAUGGUGAAUCGUUUAUUCAUAGUGUGGCUGUCAGUGAGGUUCAGAAAAGUCAGGCUGGAGGGAAACGCUUUGAAUGUAAGGAGUGUGGGGAAACCUUUAAUAAGAGUGCCGCGCUUGCCGAACAUCGGAAAAUUCAUGCUAGAGAGCAUCUUGCAGAAUGUAAUGAUGAGGAGUAUGAGGAGCCAUUCAUGCCUAGCCCAACCUUCAGUGAGCUCCAGAAAAUAUACGGGAAAGAUAAAUUCUAUGAAUGUAAGGUGUGUAAGGAAACCUUCCUUCAUAGCUCUGCCCUAAUUGACCACCAGAAAAUCCAUGGUAGAGAUGACAAAGAUAAUGAGCGUGGGGAAGGCUUUAAACCCAGCCCACCCCCCAGUGAUCUUCCGAAAACGUAUGGUAAAGAGAAAAUGUAUGAAUGUAAGGUGUGUGGGGAGACCUUCCAUCACAGCUCAUCCCUGAAAGAACACCAGAAGAUCCAUACUAGAGGAAACCUCUUUGAAAGUAAGGGUAAAGUGUGUGAGGAAACAUUUAUUCCUGGUCAGUCCCUUAAAAGGCGUCAGAAGACGUACCCAAAAGAGAAGCUGUAUGACUUUACAGAUGGUGGGGAUGCCUUUAGGCAAAGCUCAGACCUCAGUGAGCAUCAGAAAAUGCAUUCUCGAAAGAACCUCUUCGAAGGCAGGGGGUACGAGAAGUCUGUCAUUCAUAGCGUGCCCUUCACCGAAUCCCAGAAGAGUCAUACUAUAACCAGACCACCUGAAGAUGAUGAGGACCAGAAGGCGUUCACCGUCAGCUCUAACCCUGAUGACAACCAGAAGGUUCCUCCUCAAGAAAACGUCUAUGAGAGGAAACCAUACGAGAGGUCUGUUAUUCAUAGCUUAGCCUUUGCUAAGGCUGAGAAGAGUCACAGUGCAGUGGGGCCCAGCAAACCAAAAGUGAUUGCAGAGUCUCCCAUUCAAAGCUCAGGUGUUACCGAACAUCAGAAAGCCCACGCUGGAGAGAAUACCUCCGAAGGAAAGAAAUACGAGAGGUCUGUUAUCCAUAGUGUAGCUGCUUUCAAACCUCCCAAAAGUUGCAAUGGAAGUGAAGUCGUUGAAUGUGAAGAGAAGGGAGAAUCCUCCACUUCUGUUUCAGACCGUCAUGAUAAGCAACAGAAAACUCCUGCCAGAGAGAACCCUAAUGAAGGGGGUAAGAAUAACAACUACAAGGACUCUGUCAUACAAAGUGUAUCCCAUAUGGAAUCUCAGAAAAGUCCAACUAGUCAGGGAUCCAGUGAACUUAAGAAGGAUGGCGAAUCAUCUACUCCCACCUCAAAUGUCCGUGAACAUCAGAAGGCUCGUUCGAAGAAGAAAAACAUUGAGCGUAGGAACUACGAGACCUCUGUAAUUCACUCCCUACGUUUUGGUGACCAUCAAACAUUUCGCCCUAGAGAGAAAUUCUAUGAAUGUCCAGAGUGUGGAGAAUCUUUUGUUCGUAGCUACGACCUCACUGAGCAUCUGAAGAUUCACGAUAGAAAGAAGCCCUCUGGAAGUAAAAACUACGAACGUUCUGUAAUUCGCAGCUUAGUCUCUACUGAUCCUCAGACGAGUUACGCUGAGCAGCAACCACAGACAAGUUAUGCUGGACACUCAUCACAGAUGAGGUACUCUGACCAAGCAGCACAAACGAGUUACGCCAAACACCCAGUGCAGGCGAGUUACUCUGGAAUGCACAUGAGUUACGCUGUACAGCCAGCGCACAUGAGUUACACACAGCAAGCAGCACAAACGAGCUACAUGGUGCCACCGACACAGAUCAGCUACGACGAGGAGCAAGCGCAGACAAGUUACGCUGAACAGCAAGUGCGCAACAGAUGCAGGGAGUGUGGGGAAUGCUUUGCCACCGUCGGAGACCUUGGUGCACAUCAGAAAAUCUAUGCCCGAGAAGAAUUCCAUGGUCGGAAGCUCUUUGGAGACACUGUUAUUCAGGGCAUAGGCCUUGAAGGGCCUCGGCCGGAAGAGCCUCGGCAGAAUGAGCCAGAUGAGCAGGACGAGCAGGACGAGCCUGAAGAUGCAAUCUAUGGCUGUAAGGACUGUGGGCUAGGCUUUGCAGAUCGCGCAGACCUUAAGGAUCAUCAGAAAGUUCAUGGCAGAGAGUAUCUCAUCGAUAGUCGUGAGUACACCCAUUCUGUAAUCCACACCCAUUCUGUCAGUGAGUAUCAGAAAGAUUACAUCGGAGAGCAGCUCUAUGAAUGCCCGGCAUGUGGGGAAUCCUUCGUUCAUAGCUCAUUCCUUUUUGAGCAUCAGAAAAUCCACGAGCAGGAUCAAUUUUAUGGCCAAAGAAGGUAUGAUGAGCCUUUUGUGCAGCCCCUGGUCAUCAACCCACGGAGGCCUCGUGCCCCACAGAAGAAUCCCACUGCAGGAACAUCCCUUCAGUGCCACGUGUGCGGACAAGACUUCAUUCAUGGCUCUGUCCUCGGUGAGCAUAUGAGAAUUCACACCAGAGAGGAUUUACCGGAACAGGGCCAGAGAAGUGAAGAUGCAGUGAGUCCAGGCUUAGCCCUUACUGAGUUUCAGAGAAGUCAAACCGAAGAGAAACACUAUGAAUGUAAAACAUGUGGAGAAACCUUCCUCAAUCAGUCAGACCUUAGAGAGCACAUGAGAAUUCAUGAGAAAGACGAGCCCUAUGAUUAUGGGGCCUCUUUUGUUCACACUUCAUUUCUUACUGAGCCCCCCAAAAGAGAUUCACCAUUCUAUGAAUGCAAGGACUGUGGGAAGUCCUUUAUUCAUAACACCGUUCUCACCAAGCAUCAGAAGCUUCAUCUUGAAGAAGAGGAAGAAGAAGGAGCCCAGGAGGUGGAAGCCAAUGUCCUUGUUCCACGAGAAGUGCUGCGGAUCCAGGGGUCAAACGUAGAGGCUGCCGAGCCCGAGGUGGAGGCUGCCGAGCCUGAGGUGGAGGCUGCCGAGCCCAAUGUGGAGGCUGCCGAGCCCAAUGGAGAGGCCGAGGGACCAGAUGGGGAGGCUGCAGAGCCAGAUGGGGAAGCCGAACAGCCCAACGGAGAGGCCGAACAGCCCAAUGGAGAUGCUGAUGAACCAGACGGGGCAGGGAUCGAAGACCCAGAGGAAAGAGCUGAAGAGCCAGAGGGAGAUGCCGAUGAGCCAGACGGGGCAGGGAUCGAAGACCCAGAAGAAGAAGGCGAAGAUCAAGAGAUUCAGGUUGAAGAGCCAUACUACGACUGCAGGGAAUGCGGAGAAACCUUUGCUUCCAACUCUGCCUAUGGUGAGCACCUGAAAACCCAUGCCAGGGUGAUAAUAUUUGAGCCUGGAAAUGUCUAUGGGGAAAGCUCCCGCUACACUGAACAUGCCAGCACCAGCACCAGCGACAACGACAGGGCCGAUGACAAGUAUUUCAAGUGUGAUGUCUGUGGGCAGCUUUUCAGUGAUCGCCUGUCCCUCGCUAGACACCAGAAUACUCAUACCGGCUGAGAACAUAAGUAUAAAGGUUAGGAAACCUUCACUUAGAACUUGACCCUUACUAAACCAGAGACUUCAGACCAAUCCAUAACAAUGUCAGAAGAAACUUACCUUGGCACGUACACACCUGACUUUUAACAUCAGACAACUCAGACUAAAAAAGAAACCAAAGGUGGAAACUGCUUUGGUCUCAGCUCUCCCCCAUCUAGCUCUCCCCCAUCCAGCUGUCUCCCAUCCAGCACCAGUGUGUGCCUAUGGGAAAGCUGUAGCACAUACCUUGCAUCUGAGUGACCUUAUUGAGGGAAAACCCCAGGGGUUUUUGAGACUACAGAAAUCGCCCCAGUCAACUGUAAAUGACAUUUCUGUAACCUAUAUAUAAUGCUCCCUGCAGUGUAUAUAAAAUAGCAUAUCGUAGCAAAACAGUAAUCACGUAUCUUUGGAUUUAAUAUGAUAUACAGUUACAGUUUACUGUGCAGAGGUACCUUACCUGGUACUCGGAUUUUUUUUUUUUUUUUUUUUUUUUUUUGGAGGAGGAAGAGAGCAACAAAUUAGAAUAUAUUUCUAAGCAUCUUAGAUUCUGAGAAAGACUUCUUGUGCAUUAUUUGGACCCCAUUGGUAUCGUUUCGAGUAAUUGUGUGUCAUUCCUUACUCUUAAGUAUUCCUGUAAAAGUGUAAGCAUGAAAGGUAAAAUGUCUUUUAUUCUUUGCUGUUUGAAAAGAGAAGUGUUUUGAACUUCCUUUUCAGCCAUUUCGUCUACACCAACACUUUGGAACCUAAUGCUGUGUAAGCCUUUACAAUACGUAGAUUGGCCUUUUGUGACCCAAAGUGGUUGGUUGCCGCAUUGUACCUUGCAGUGGUUCUCAUGCUAAAAUAUUACAAGUUUUGUGUUUUUUUUUUUUUAACCAACCUGAUGUGUGUUUGAUAAUGAAUUUACAAAAACUGAAGCUUUUCCCUAUAAAUCCUACGUUUUUGCCUUUAAAGAGUGGGUUGCAACCAUCACUAGAUCACAGUAGUGCCUACUGAUGGUUGAGAACCAGAGGGAGAGACUUUUGUGUUGUAAAUAAGGAUGCAGGCUAACUACUUCCAUCACUUCCUGUGUGCGCUUCCUGCCUUAAGUGACAAGUAGCAUCGUGGCUUCAGUAGUGUGAACUGCCACAAGUCAGUCUGCACCCUGGGUGCCCAGGAGCUAGUAUCCUUAGAGCUUUCUAUCGCUUACCUGAUUUCUUGUCUUCACCUGUCUGACCCUCCUCCCCCAUGUCUAACUUAAAUUUUAAAAAUCAAAAAAAAAAAAAAACAAAAAACAACAAAAAACAGCAACAAAAAAAGCUUUCUUUACAGUCAACUUAAGCUUAACAUGGACUCAGGUUCCCCAGCAGCCUUAAUUUGUUUCCUUACCAUCUGUUCCUCCCUCUUGCAGCCCUUCUAAGUAUCUCCGAGCUAUCUAUCCACUAGUGUCACGUUUGUCGGAUCACCUCAGUUUUCCAUUUAAUCACAAAUUGACCUCAUAGCUUGAGGUUUCCUGUGUCCUGUUCUGUGGACCACCUGUACUCCUUUUGCUUCCCCUCCCCUUGCAUAAUGACUAUUAAAUUUUUUGGCUUUGAGUUGGCUGGAAAAAAAAAAAAUUAAAAAAAAAAAAACCUUAGAAAGUGGAUCUGUAGAUUAAGUGAGCAAAAGACAACAGCAGAUAAUUUGAGCAAGCAAAAUUAACCUAUGUGCUGGGGGAACGUGUCUAAAUCUUCCUCUCCUAGAUCCGCGUGGUUAGGGCUUGGGGAAUGUGUGUCAGAGCUGCAGGGAAUGCCAAAGUUGAGGAAGGCUGUAGGGUUGAGAGCACGAAGCAGAAAUGAGGAAGCCAAAGAAGGAAGUCCUAAUACAUCGCCAGAUCUAGGAGGGUGGGGAAGCAGACAGAAGGAAAAAUGGGAAGCAGGGCUGGGAAGCCCAGGUUGGUGGGAAUGAAUUGAGCAGGAUGUCCUGGGCAGUGAAGAAGGGGCCUUUUUGGUAUAGGUGAGGGCCAGCUGCAUAGAAGGACCUGAGGUUGGAAUGGACAGCCAAGAAAACAGGAGAAUCGAGGCCCCGCAGCACAGGAGGGGGACCCUUUAGAUGGGAACCAGCGUUGAUGUUAUCAGGGUGAACUUGGGUUGAUCGCUGUUGGCAGUAUUAAUUGGUAGAACCUUUUCAGAAAACAGCUUGCCAGAUGACAGGGUGUCCAUUCCAAUCUCAUGUUAGUGAAAAAUUAGGAAUGACAUAAAUGCCAAAACAAUAGGACGAUUACGUGAAGGUAUUCAUGGACUGUAUGCAGCUGCUUAAAAAUGAUAAUCAAGAGUUAUGUAGCAACGUGGAAAUAUAUUUACGGAAUAUUAAGUGGAAAAAGCAGGACACAGAAUUAUAUUUAUACUACAAUUAUAACUGAUUAAAAAUGUAUGCUUGUAGUCAAAAGCUGUUGUGUUGUUGUUGUCGUAGGCUAAUAGUUGAGCAUUAUUUUCUUAAAUUCUUUGAAUGUUCUUUAUAGUAGUGUUACUAAAAAGUUUAUAAUCACGUUUCCAUUGUGAACAUAAUUUGAACACAUCAUCAGACACUUGGAAAAUACAGAAAAGUGGAGGGAAAAAAAAUCCAUAUUCCAACCUUCCAAAGACAGAUACACACUCUUCAACAUCUUGUUUAUUCUUGUUUCUGUGCACAGGGUUAUGAUUAUAACUGUGUCAAAACGUGUAUUCAGAAUAGCUGUUAUGUUACCUUUGUGGAAUUAUGGUUAAACACUUUCAUCUUAAUGUUUUCAAAUGUUCCUUAUGAUAGUGUUCUUAUAACAAAGUUUAUUAUGUUUGUUUCCAUUACAAGCAUAAUACAUACCCAGAGGAAAAUUUGGAAAAUAUAGUAAAUUAGAAAAGAGGAAAAAGUCACCCAUAUUCCCAACACCCAACAACUACUGUUAACAUCUUGAUCUAUUUCCUCCAUCUUGUUUUAGUGCACAAGCUUGUGAUUAUAACAGUGUUAAAUAUGUAUGCAUAAAGUCUAAAAUGAAAAAAAUACUGAAAAUAAUUAAAAUAGUGUUGUCAUUGUGGGAUUAUGGUUAAAUAUUUUGUCUCAAAUUCCUUGAAUGACCUUUGGUGUUUUGGUAUUAAAUCUUGUGUAUGUAUUUCUCCAUUACAAAUAUAAUACAUACUCAUAGCAAACUUUGGAAAAUUCAGUAAAACUAGAAGAAAAGUAAUUCACCCAUAUUCCCAACACCCAGCAACAGUUGCUGUUAACAUCUCGGUCUGUGCACCAGUCUAUGAUAAUUAGGGUGUUAAUGAUAGGUAUACAUAGAGUCAAAGAUGGGAAGAAAUAUGGAAAACAAUUAAAUAGUUGUGUGGUCGUUGUGGGAUUAUGGUGAAAUAUUUUGUCCUGGUUUCCUCGAAUGGUCUCUAUCAUAGUGUUUUGGUAAUCCACCUUUAUUACCUAUAUACCAUUAUAAACACUGUAUGUGUUCAUUAUAGAAACUUUGAAGUUACAGAAAUGUAGAAGAGAAACUCACCCAUAUUUUCACCAUCCAAAGACUGUGGUUAACAUCUUGAUAUAUUUUCUUCAUCUUGUUUCUGUGCACAGGUUUUUGGUUUGUUAAUAUGGUUGUGGUUGUUCUAUCUAUCUGUAAUAGUGUCAACAAUAAAAAUAAAGUUAAAAAUAA